AUGUUGGUAAGAUGUAAUCAACCAUAAAUUAAGGAUUUGAUGUAAAAAAAAUUGUAAUUUGAAACAAAAAUAUAAAAAAGUUUUAAUCUUAAAUUACAUCAAAAAAAUACGAUGGAAAAUCUAUAAAUUGAGCUUAUUUAAUCGAAUGACAACAAAAAAUAACAUUUAUAAGAAAAGGAAAUGAGCACUUUCGGGGUAUUGCUUAGAAUUAUUUAUAUUUCAGUUGCUUUUAUCCUUGUAUUUAGCGCUAAUUUUACUUAUUAAGCUCUGUCAUCACAAAUUUAUGAUCAAUAAUAGUUUUCAUACUUAGGAAAUAUAACAUUAUUUACCUUCUUUCUAUUUGAAAGCUUGAAUUGUACACUAACAAAGCACCUUUAAUAAUUCUUUACCUACAGAUAAAUGAUGUGGGUAAGUGCUGCAGCUAUUACAGUGAAUGUUUCAACAGGUAUGUGGGUUUAAACAUGCUCUGAUUAAAUUAAUCAAUGCUUGCUUUGCAAUAAAUCAUUGUUAUAUAGUUUUUUUAUCCUUGUAGCAGCAAUAACUGGCAGUGUUGAAGGCUAAAUGUGGGUAUCUGUUAGCGGUUAUAUAGAUAUUUAUUGCAAAAAGUAUCCAGAGAAAAACGAGCUUUAUUUUUCAACAUUUUUUGGUGUUUUUUAGCUCGUUUUAGUAUUUGGAAUGGGUUUUGCUUAAAUCAGUUUUUAUACUACUUCUUUAUUUGCUUUUUACUUUGGUUUAGCUUUGUUCGCUUUUGUUGGAUUUCUUAUGAUUUUCUAUCUCCCAGAUAUGAUGCCAGAAAAUAUUAAGUAAUAAAAAGUAGAAGAAGUGGGUCUAGUUAGUAUAUUUUUUAGUUAAGAAACUAAAAAGAGUAUUCUUCACUUUUUAUAAUAUUUAAAAAACGAAAAAACUAAAUAAAUCUUCCUAUUUUUUAUUUAGAGUGGUUUUACUGUUGGCUUUAUUAUGACUUUGCUCUAUCCUUCAAUUUAAAAAUCUUUAGGUAUGCCUUUAGAUUCCUCUUUGCUAACUGAAGAAUAGGCAAAAGAGCUUAAUAUUAAAACAACUUAAGUUUAGUUAUUACUUGGAUUUACAGAGAUAGCAUUUUACUUCUUUCUUGGAUAUGUAGAAAAGAUAAUUCAAGGAAAGUAUAUUAUAUAUUUCUCAUUUUUCUCUCUUUGGAGCUCUUUGAUUUGUAUAGGAUUAACUUAUGCCGUUGAGAGUGUCUUUUUGUGCUAUCUAAGCGGUUUUCUUUGGGGAUUAGCAGAUUGUAUAUACCUAAACAAAAGUUACAGCAUUUGCACAUAUCUACUGGAUGGUACAAUCGAAAGUUACAGUCUUUUUAACUUUUGCUACGGGAUAGGUAUUUUAUCAAUGGUAAUCUUAAAUAUAUUUAUAAUGCCUAUUAGCUUCCAUUUGCUUUUAAUCAUAUUGCUAUGUGUUUCAUUAAUUUCAUACAAGCAAAUAAAGCCUCUUCUUCAAUGA